AUGGGUGAUACGGGCUGCGUACACUUUGGAUCCUACGUGAAGGAAUACGGGUACGAUUCGUACAGUGUGGUGCACGCAUACUUCAGUGCCUGCAUCAGCAAGGAGGCACGUCGUCGGAAGGCCCUGUCCUGUCUCUGUUACAAGUGUGGAAGUUCCGGCCCUCAGCUGUACUCCUGUCUGCACUGUAUUUACUUCGCAUGCAAAGGAGCGCACAUUAACGAGCACUACAAGCACACGAAACACUUCAUGGCGCUGGAGCUGUGCUACGGGAUGCUGUACUGCUACCAGUGUCGGGAUUUUAUCUACCACAGCAAAUGCCAGGCCAUCGCCGAACGGCACCUACGACGGGAGGCUCGCACCCUUGACAAAAGCCUAUCCUGGCGGCCCUGGAGCCCAUCGAGAGUGGAAAUCGAGCUGCUGCUAAAGAACCCCAAGCGAAGGCACGUGACGGCUCUCACAAGCAUCGGGUUGCGCGGUUUGCUAAACCUAGGCUCGACCUGUUUCAUGAACUGUAUCGUGCAGGCCCUCAUCCAUACGCCGCUGCUGCGCGAUUAUUUCCUCGCCGAGCUGCACGAAUGCACGGCGAAAACGGCCGCCAAAUGUCUGGUGUGUGAAGUGUCGCGUCUGUUUCAGGAGUUUUACUCCGGUGCCCGUGGUCCGCUAUCGUUGCACCGGUUGCUGCAUCUGAUAUGGAACCACGCACGGCAUUUGGCGGGAUACGAGCAGCAAGAUGCACACGAGUUCUUUAUCGCUACGCUGGACGUGUUGCACCGGCACUGCACGCUAGCGAUGUCGACGGCUGCUUCUCCUGCUGCAACAACGGGCACAACCACUGCCACCAACACGACAAACAGCGGCCAAAACCAAUCUUCCGAUCCUAAUCCGACUCAGUGUAAUUGUAUUAUUGAUCAGAUUUUUACUGGUGGCUUGCAGAGCGAUGUAGUGUGCCAGGCGUGCAAAGGCGUUUCUACCACGAUCGAUCCAUUCUGGGACAUUUCGCUCGAUCUAGGCGAAUCCUCGAACGGACAGUCCCUGAUCGACUGCCUGGAGCGGUUCACCCGGGCAGAACAUCUUGGUUCGAGUGCAAAGAUCAAGUGCAACACAUGCAACAGCUAUCAGGAAUCGACGAAGCAACUGUCCAUGCGCACGCUACCGAUAGUGGCAAGCUUCCACCUGAAGCGCUUCGAACACUCUAGUCUGAUCGAUAAGAAAAUUUCCACCUUCAUCUCAUUCCCUGCCGAGCUGGACAUGACACCGUUUAUGUCGCAGAAAAACGAUACGGCCGACUUCCGAUAUUCGCUGUACGCUGUCAUCAACCACGUCGGGACGCUCGAUGCGGGUCACUACACGGCGUACGUGCGACACCAGAAAGACAUUUGGGUCAAGUGCGAUGACCACAUUAUAACCACUGCCACACUCAAGCAGGUCUUGGACAGCGAAGGCUAUCUUCUUUUCUACCACAAGAAAAUACUGGAGUACGAGUGA